AUGAACAGUGUUUGCUGCCUGGUCCUGGUCGCGCUGAGCCUGUGGCCAGAGAGAGCUGCUGCCCCAGGGCCACCUCCUGGACCCCCGAGGGCUUCCCCAGACCCUCGGGCUGAGCUGGACAGCGCCGUGCUCCUGACGCGCUCCCUCCUCGCGGACACUCGGCAGCUGGCCGCGCAGCUGAGAGAGAAAUUCCCAGCCGACGGAGACCACAACCUGGAUUCCCUGCCCACUCUGGCCAUGAGUGCAGGGGCACUGGGAGCCCUGCAGCUCCCGGGCGUGUUGACACGACUUCGGGCGGACCUGUUCUCCUACCUGCGGCACGUGCAGUGGCUGCGCAGGGCAGGAGGCCCGUCCCUGCGGACCCUGGAGCCAGAGCUGGGGGCCCUACAGGCCCGGCUGGACCGGCUGCUGCGCCGGCUGCAGCUCCUGAUGUCUCGCCUGGCCCUGCCCCAGGCGCCCCCAGACCCACCGGCGCCCCCGCUGGCCCCACCGGCCUCAGCCUGGGGAGGCAUCAGGGCAGCCCACGCCAUCCUCGGAGGGCUGCAUCUGACGCUGGACUGGGCGGUGCGGGGCCUGCUGCUGCUGAAGACCCGGCUGUGA